AUGGUAGGCUGCAAACCAGUUGACACCCCUAUAGAAGUGAAUACAAAACUAAGUAAUAUAAGUGAAGGUGUACCAGUUAAUAAAGAGAGAUAUCAGCGGCUUGUUGGAAAGUUAAUCUACCUCUCUCAUACUAGACCAGACAUUUCAUAUGCUGUUAGUAUGGUGAGUCAGUUUAUGCAAUCUCCUUACGAAGAACAUAUGUGGGCAGUGGAGUGCAUCCUGUGGUAUCUGAAAACGUCUUCAGGGAGAGGCUUGAUGUUCAAAAAAACUGAUAGAUGGUGCAUCAAGGCAUACAUAGAUACAGAUUGGGCAGGUUCUAUGGUAGAUAGAAUGUCGACAUCAGGAUAUUGUACCUUCAUGUGGGGUAACCUUGUUGUAUGGAGGAGUAAGAAACAAGGGGUUGUUGCCAAAAGUAGUGUCGAAGCUGAGUACAGAGCUAUGAGUCUGGGAUAUGUGAAGAAAUUGUGCUAG